AUGGCACUUCGCUCGCUGUGGAUGCGCAUGCGGACCGGCCGAGCAGCCUUUUCGACGUCGGCACCGGCAGCCACGUCUGCCUCGACAAAGGAAUCAAUACCUCCGCGGCCGGGCCGGUCGGCUUUUGCGCGCCAGUUUGUGUUCCGCCUGCUCGGCCUGGCGACGUGGCUGCCAGUGGCCAUUUGGUUCAAUACGACGGUCGCCGAAGUCACGCGCAUCGAGGGCCCGUCCAUGUACCCCUUCCUCAACAGCCGGUUCAACGAGUCGCUCAAGCGUGACUGGGUGGUGAACCGCAAGCUGUACGCCCAGGAAGGACUGCAGCGGGGCAUGAUUGUUUUCUUAAAGAGCCCGUAUCAUCCCGAAGUGGUGUCGGUCAAGCGCAUCAUUGGCCUCGAAGGCGACGUCGUACAGACGCGCAAGCCGUACCCCACGGCCUACGUGCGCAUCCCGGCCGGGCACAUGUGGGUAGAAGGCGACGCGGGCGUGGGCAAGAGUCUCGACAGCAACACCUACGGCCCUGUGUCGAUUGGCCUGAUCACCGGCCAGCUGACGCACGUGCUGCUGCCGUUUGACAAGGCGGGCCGCGUGAAGUGGUGGGAGUAUCCCGUUGACGACCGGAUAUCGGCUACACCGGGAUUUUAG